UUUUGCAGAUUGAGAUUUUUGAUUUUGGAAUCUCUCUCUCUUUGUUUAGGUAAUCUGCAGUUUUUUCUUUUCGCUUUUGACUCUUUCGUCUCCGGAAGCCGCAGAGGGACGAGCAAGAAGAAACGGUCAUGGAUGGAGGUGGCGCAGUGCACAAUCGCUCAGUCGAAGAUGUUUUCAGUGAUUUUAGGGGCCGAAGAAACGGCGUCAUCAAAGCUCUCACCGUAGAUGUUGAAGAAUUCUAUCAACAAUGUGAUCCUGAUAAGGAAAAUCUAUGCCUGUAUGGAUUUCCAAAUGAAGUAUGGGAAGUUAAUUUACCUGCAGAAGAAGUUCCUCCAGAACUUCCAGAGCCGGCGUUGGGUAUUAAUUUUGCAAGAGAUGGCAUGCAAGAAAGGGAUUGGUUGGCUUUGGUUGCUGUCCAUAGUGACUCUUGGUUGCUCUCUGUUGCCUACUAUUUUGGUGCGAGAUUUGGAUUUGAUAAAGCUGAUAGGAGGCGGCUUUUCAAUAUGAUCAAUGAUUUGCCCACUGUAUUUGAAGUAGUUACAGGUCUUGCGAAGAAACAAGUCAAGGAAAAGGCAUCAAGUGCGAAUGGUAGCAAAUCCAAGUCGAGCCUUAAAACGAGGGAAACUGAAACGCAAGGAGUGUAUGUGAGGCAGCCGCUGGCAAGGGAAGACGUAGAGGCGUUGUACGAAGAAGACGAAGAUGAGCACGGCGACACCUUGUGUGGGGCGUGUGGUGAGAAUUAUGCAACAGAUGAGUUUUGGAUUUGCUGUGAUAUCUGUGAGAAAUGGUUCCAUGGAAAGUGUGUUAGAAUAACUCCUGCAAAAGCCGUGCACAUUAAUCAGUACAAAUGCCCAUCCUGCAGCAGCAAAAGAAGCCGCAUUUAAACAAUGGGAAAGGAAAUUUGUGUUUUGAUAAUGGAAUCACAGGGCAAUUGCUUUGUUGGCUUUUAAAGCACAUUUCAGGUUUUUCCAGUUUUCUGCCUUCUCAGUUUCUAUGUAAAGUCAAUAUUUCUAUAGUCUUUUAGAUUGCCUCUUAGUCUUCUUUCCUUUUAAUGCUCCGUAGUUACAAGUACUCGGUGAUUAGGAGAUUGGUUUUUUUUUUUUUUUUUUUUUUAUGGAAUAAAUAGGCUAAUCCGAGCAUUCUU